AUGCGGUCCACCGCGUUGUGCCCGUUUUGGCUUCCCACUAUAUAUUUUCUAUUAUUAUCAUCGAUAUCAGAAAUCUUGGGACAGCAACAGAAUUCUAACUCCAAUUCCUGUGCAGGCACAAUAUUCCUAAACGCAACCAAGGAAGAACAAUAUCUGACCACACCCAACUAUGAAACCAGCUACAAAUAUCCGGCUUUUUUAGACUGCAAAUUCUAUAUCAAAGCUCCUGAUAAAACGCGAAUUGUUAUCGAAAUCAUUGAUAUGGAAAUGGAGCCACGGCUAUUUGAAGAGUGCUCUGAUUACAUCAGUUUGUCAGAAGAAAACAAAAAUGUGUCCAGAAUUAGUGUGCUCUGUGAGGAAAUCAAAUUCAAGCAGCAAUACAUUUCAAUAAAUAAUAGUCUUCUGUUAACGUUCCAUUCGGAUGAGCUGUACGAAUUUCGUGGAGCAAGAUUGAACCUUACCUCUUGUCCACCUGGUUGGAGAGAAAUUGCAGAUGGUAGAUGUGUACUUCUAGUCACUGACCCAAAAGUGGACUGGGUUAAAGCCCAGAAUCGAUGCUUGGAUCAAAGGAGCAACUUGUUGAUGCUGGAUUCCAACGAGAAAGUUACGGAAAUUGAGAAUUUAUUCAAAGGUGUUCCUGACAAAAUCUGGACUGGAAACAAUGAUGCAGUAACUGAGGGGAAACUUAUAUAUAUUUUGAGCAAGGAGGCUAAACUCGCAAGGAGGCUAUUCUCUCGCCAAGAUUAUACUGAUAUCAUAGACAACAAUGAGGAUAACGACUGUAUGGUUCUGCAGUUCAGUGACGAGAAUUUGUUCCGCAUGGAUAGUUGUGGCUCUUUCAAUGGAUACAUCUGCGAGAUGUUCAAAAAUGGAACAUCAGAAUUGUACGAACCGAAUGCUAUAGAUAUUUACGAUGGGGCUUACUCGAAAAACAGUCAGUAUACACUAUUCCUGCUGUUGUUUUUGAUUGGAUUACUGUUUUUGACGAUCGCUGCAUUUCUGUUAUUCAUGUGUUGUAAACAAAAAGAUGCUCGCGUACACACGGAAAAUGCAACCAUUCAGCAGAAUGCAUUCAUGAGCGAGUCUUCGCAUAAUACGGAGCAACCGAGAGUUUCUGGAGGAGGAGGAGGGCAAAAUGUCAUUCAACUCAACAACGAUACAAACCGGGCAACCUCCCGAAGCUCACCAGUCACUGUUCCCAUUGAAAGCAACAGUCGACAAGCUCCGAAAAAGUUCCCAGUGCCUCCAGUACCAAAUCGGCUACCUAUGAGCGAGGAGAACUCAUCAGAUGCAGUGGCUGCAGUAGAAACAGGCAUUCUUGGUAACGACCAAGAUGCCGAAACAGUGAGUGCAGCGCCUCAGCCUGUGCCAAGAACACUGCCACCGAUGCCGACCAGGGAAGGAACGUUCCAUAGUAUCAAUACCAGAGGCGGCAGCACUGUAAGGACUCGACGAAACAAGGAACUAUUCGAACGACCCGUGAUGAAUGUGCUAGACAACGUCUCCGCAAUCUCAUUGGACGAAUUCUGGAGCAAUAAGAAACCCUGA